CGGUAACUUGAGUCAAUUUAGAAAUUCAAAUAACUUAACACUAAUAAUAAAGAUUUAUAAAAUUAUUAUUUUAUCAAAUAAAAAAAAUUGUAAUAUUGUUUAAAACACGUAAAUAUUUACGUUGUCAAACUUUAUUUAAUGUAGUGUAAUUUGUGAGAAUUAAAAAUUUGAUUAAAAAAUGCAGAUUAUAAACUUAAGACUUUUUUUUAUUAUUAUUAUGACAUGUGUAUUACAAAGUAAUGAAGUAGAUCCCUUAGAUAUGAGAAAUUAUGAUCGUAGAACAAAAUCUAUGAAGAAAUCUAACUUGGACAUAUUACCAGCAACUAUUGGUGCAAAUGAUCGUUGCAUUACAUUUGUUACACGUUUUAUUAAUAUUAUGUUAAGAAAUACUGGACUUUCUAAUUUAAAUUACAAAAACAUAAACAAUGUUUAUUUGAAAACAUAUACAGCAGUUACAAUAAGUGUAAAAGAUUUUAAAACGCUUGAGGCUCUUUCAACUGGAAAUGGAAAUAUAAAUUUUAAUGAAAUUGAUCAAAUUUUGAGUCUUAUGUUUCAGGAAAUAAAAAAUGAAACUACUAUUAAUUUUUUAUCAUCUAUAGAAUCUAAUAACUCAUUCUAUAAGCAGAUGAUUGAUUUAUUAUAUCUGUUAACAAUCAUUGGAUCAUUCACAUUGCUAUUAUUACUAUUUUAUAAAUAUUCCAAAAAUAUUAUAAAUUUAAAAUUAAUUAUGUUGGUAAUUUUUCUACUAGCUUUUUUCUCCACUUGGUAUACGAUGUACAAGAAAGCUGAAAUAAAUAGAAAAAUACACAUGGAUCAAAUGCCUGAAUAUUGUUAUUCUAAAAGAAAAAAUUGGUAUGGAUUUUCUUGGUUUCAAAACACCGAUAUAGAGGAAUGUAAAAAAUUUAAUGAAGCAAUUCAUUUGGAUCCGCUGUAUUCAAUAGCAAUUACGGAAGUAUUAGCUGAAAUGCUCAGCAAAAUUAUUAUGAAACCAUUAGAGUGUUUAGGAACCUCAAUUUAUAUAUUCAAUAAUGCAGCAUUAAAAGAUCUUCCUUGGUGGACUCAAAUUGUUAUGAUUCCAAUAAUAAUAAUAGUUGUUAUAAAAACUUUAUUAUAUUCAUGUGCACUGUUGGUUGGGAGAGGAUUAAGUAUGAAAUCCAUGUUUGGUUUUGGGGACACAGCCAUAAAUUCUGACAAUAGACAUCAACAUUUAAAAAAUAACACUUUUUUAAAUACUUGUAAUUUGUGUACUGCUGCAGGAUCAAUAUGUAACAGUGUAACAUCAAAUACACUUCCAGCAUUUGAUAACCAAAAAUUGAAUAUUAAUAUAAAUCUCUUCAAAUCAGAAAAUAGUAAUAGUGGUUUAAGUCUUGCUGGGGGACCUUCAACAGACAAAAAUAAAACUAUUACCCAUUGGAAUAAGAUAAAAGCAUUGGAUGACAGAUCAGUAAUAAAUGAUGAGACCGAUAGCAAAUCUCUUGUACAUAGAGUAAGACCCAGAAAAAUGUCAUUAUGAUAUUUUUCAUUAUUGUAUAGAUGUUUGAAAUUAAUUUUAUAUUUAGACACCACAUUUUUUAUAAUUUUUAUAUAUUAACUUAACUGUUUCACAAUUUUUUUUUUAAUCAAAUAAUAACUAAUAUGAUUUUUUCUGAAAUAUUAAAGUUUGUAAUACUAUUAUUUAUUUUUUAGAAUUUUAGUAUUAUUACUUAGAGUAAUAUUUUUAAGUCAUAUUAUUGUAAAUUAUGUAAAUGUGUAAUAUUGAAAUAUUUUUGACGUUAUUGUUAAAACCUUAAGGUUAAAAGACUUAAAAAAU